CAAGCCCUCUCUGCCUCUCAACAAUUGCAGGAUUGUUGGUUAGGAAUAGUUAGUGGAACGCAGGCUGUUUCUCUGGAUUAUACUAAAAAAAAAAAUUGAUAAAAGUUAAAUCAACAUGAGUAAGUUUUUCACGACGGGAACGGAUUCGGAAUCCGAUAGUUCAUCCGAGGAAGAGCAAGUGCAAAGAGCACCUGCAGCUACUUAUACCUUCAGUGAUGAGGAGGAAGAGACGAAACGCAUCGUUAGACCGACGAAAGUCAAACGUUACGAGGAGUUGACUAAUCUGAUUAAACUCAUUCGUAAUUACAAGAAGAUCAAGGAUAUGAGCAGCAUGCUGUCGUCGUUUGAAGAUCUGCAAAGAGCUUAUCAAAAAGCGAUAACAGUGAUAAUGAAGGAGGAAGGGGGUCAGACCCCUCGGUUCUACCUGCGAUGUCUCGUGGAGAUGGAGGACUUCAUAAACGAAGUCUGGGAGGAUCGCGAGGGCCGGAAGAACAUGUCGAAGAACAAUUCUAAAUCGCUGACGUCACUCCGCCAGAAGUUACGAAAAUACAACAAAGAUUUUGAGGAGGAGAUUGCAAAAUUCCGGGAGAAUCCUGACCAGGAGGACGAUGAGGAGGAGGAGAAACAAGAGGAAUCAGCUGAGUCCGAGGAGGAGGACGUUGCGUCAAUGUUCAAGAAGUCAGAGCCCGCAACAACAGCUGCACCAGAUGCCUCGAAAUUCAAGAAAACCCUCGCAGAUGAUGCCAGUGAGAGUGAGAGCGACUGGGGGAGUGAUUCUGAUAGCGACAGCUCCAGCAGCGACGAUGAGGGACAGUACACGAAUAUUCGUGAGCGUUUUAUCAAGAAGGCGACAGAUAAAGACGAGGACGAGGACAAGGCGAAGCGCAAGGAGCAGAAGAAGGAACGAAAGGAGAAGGAGAGAAAGAAGAAGCGCGAUGAGGACGAUGGGGAGGGUGAGUGGGAGACGGUUAAAGGGGGUCUUGUCGUGCCCUCGGAGAAGCCCAAGAUGUUUGCUAAAGAUGCAGAGAUUAAUGUACCUGCUGUUAUUAAGAAAUUGUCUGAGGUCAUUGCUGCUCGUGGAAAGAAAAGAACCGACAGGAGGGAACAGAUUGAACUCCUCCACGAGCUCCAGUCCAUCGCUGAGACUCAUAAUCUGGGGGCUGCUGUCGCUGUGAAGAUAAAAUUCUCCAUCGUAUCCUCGAUUUUUGAUUACAAUCCCAAGGUCUCUGACGCCAUGAAACCAGAGUACUGGACGAAACUCCUGGAGAGAAUCACAGAAAUGUUGGAUAUGCUGUUGGCAACACCUGAUAUGGUCAUUGCUGAACACAUCACUGAAGAUUCGGAGGAGUUUGUUAAUCAGCCUUACAAAAUUCACGGCUGCGUUUUGACACUCGUCGAGAGACUCGACGAGGAGUUCACGAAAUUGCUGAAAGAGUGUGAUCCGCACAGUAAUGAGUACGUGGAAAGAUUGAAGGAUGAGAAGCAAGUGGCUGGAAUAAUUGAUAAAGUCCAGGAGUACUUGGAGCAUCAUGGUAGUAGCUCGGAAUUGUGCAGAGUUUAUCUGAGGAAAAUUGAGCAUCUUUAUUACAAGUUUGAUCCGGACGUGCUGAAGCAGAAGGCUAACGAAAUUCCCAAAGACAUUGUCACAUCUGUCCAGGUUAUGGAGAAACUGUGCAAAUACGUUUAUGCACAUGAUAGCACUGAUCGUUUGAGGACUCGAGCUAUUCUGUCUCAUAUUUAUCAUCACGCCCUCCACGACAAUUGGUUCCAGGCGAGGGAUUUGGUGCUGAUGUCGCACUUGCAGGAGACGAUCCAGCACUCCGAUCCAUCAACCCAGAUUCUUUACAAUCGAACGAUUGCUCAUCUAGGUCUCUGCGCUUUUCGCCAUGCCAAUAUUAAAGACGCACACAAUUGUCUGGUGGAUCUAAUGAUGACAGGAAAGGUGAAGGAGCUUCUGGCACAGGGACUCCUCCCCCAAAGGCAGCACGAGAGGAGCAAAGAGCAGGAGAAGAUCGAGAAGCAGAGACAAAUGCCUUUCCACAUGCAUAUCAAUCUUGAACUCCUCGAGUGUGUUUAUCUCGUCUCUGCGAUGCUCAUUGAGAUCCCCUAUAUGGCUGCCCACGAGUUCGAUGCCAGGAGGAGAAUGAUCUCCAAGACUUUUUACCAACAACUGCGAUCCAGUGAACGUCAGUCCCUGGUUGGUCCACCUGAAUCCAUGAGGGAACACGUUGUUGCUGCUGCCAAAGCCAUGCGCAAUGGCAACUGGUCUGCCUGCAACAAUUUCAUCAUCAAUGAGAAGAUGAAUGCCAAGGUCUGGGAUUUGUUCUAUCAGGCUGACAAAGUUAGGGACAUGCUGACGAGAUUAAUCAAGGAAGAGGCACUCAGGACUUAUCUCUUCACGUAUUCCCACGUUUAUGAUUCCAUUUCUAUGCCCACACUCGCUGAAAUGUUCCAGUUGAAACGACCAGUUGUCCACUCGAUAAUCAGCAAGAUGAUUAUUAAUGAGGAACUCAUGGCUUCACUCGAUGAUCCAUCGGAGACUGUUGUCAUGCAUCGCAGUGAACCCAGUCGUUUGCAGUCCCUGGCUCUUCAAUUGACUGACAAAGUUAAUAACUUUGUUGAUUCUAAUGAGAGAAUCUUCGAGAUGAAACAAGGUAAUUUCUUCUCGCGAGGUGGAAAUCAAGGAAACUUCCGCGACCGUCAGAAUUACAACCGACAGGGACAGGACUGGGGUCGACAGAGACGAGAUCGUGAUCGUAAUCGUGAGGAGAACCGCAAUUAUUGAGAGGGAUAACAGAAAGUAAUUGUGGGAAAAGGAAUAAGUGCAUGACUUAUUGGAGUGUUUAAUACUCUGAUAGGCAGAGCAGGUGGAAAAAAAAUUGUCAAUCUGUGUAAACAAAUAUUCCAUAAUUAAUGUAUUUCCAUCAGUACUAUAUAUUAAACAGUAGAAAUUUUCUCUA